AUGAUCCUCUUCCUAUUAUUGCUAUUCCUCCUCCUACUCCCCCUCUAUGCCCGCAAAAAGUCCAACCUCCCCCCCGGCCCCCGGGGCCUCCCCCUUAUAGGCAACCUCCACCAGAUCCCCGCCAAACAGCCCUGGCGCCGGUUCCGGGCCUGGCACAAGCGCUACGGCCCUCUGGUGAGCAUCCGCUUCGGCCAGCGCCAGAUGAUCAUCCUGGGCAACUACCGCAUCGCCCAGGCCUUCCUGGACCGGCGCAGCAAGACCUACAGCAGCCGGCCAGAGCUGUUCAGCCAGCUGGGCGGCGGCACGCCGCACACGCUGUUCCUCCCAACAGGGCCCCGGUGGCGCGCCCACCGCCGCAUCCACGCCUCCUUCCUGGCCUCACGCCAGACAACCCGGUACCGGCCGCUGCAGGACGUCGAGUCGCGCCAGGUGCUGGCCGAGCUGCUCACUUCCAACGACUUUGCGGCCCGCUUCCACCGCUACAGCGCCAGCCUGGCCUUCUCGCUCGCGUACGGCCGGCGCAUCGCCCGCGGCGACGAGCCCGAGGUCCAGGCCAUCGAGCGCAUUGUCCGCGAGCUGUUCCAGGCCGUGAACCCUGUGUUGGCGGCGUUCCCGCUGCUGAGCGCCCUGCCGGCCUGGCUGGCCCCCUGGCGGCGGGCGGCCGCCCGGCUCCACGACGCCCAGCAGCAGCUGUUUCUCGCUCUCGGGGCCACCGCGAUGGAGACCCCCUCGUGGAACUGGACGCUGGCGGCCUCGCGCACGCGCGAGGCGCAGGCAAUGAGCGCGGCCGAGCGGGCGUGGGUGACGGGCAUCACCUUCGAAGCGGCCAGCGACACCACGACUCUGUCGCUCGAGUUUGUGAUCCGCGCGUGUGUGUUAUAUCCUGAGGCGGUGCGCCAGGUGCAGGAGGAAAUCAGCUCCAUCCUGCGCGGCGACGACCUCCCGGGCUGGGAAGAUCUGGACCGGCUCCCCCGGCUGGAUGCCUUCCUCCUGGAGGUGUAUCGCAUGUUCCCAACCUCGCCGGCGUUCGGGGCCUUCCACGCAGCGCAGGAGGACGACGUGUACGAGGGCUACAGCAUCCCCCGGGGCACGGCGGUGGUGACCAACAACCACUCGCUGGGCUUCGACGAGGAGACCUUUGGCGACCCCUGGAGCUUCCGCCCGGACCGCUGGCUGCAGGACCCGACGCUCCCCAUGUCCAACUUCGGGUACGGGCGUCGCAUCUGCCCCGGGCAGCAUCUGGCACACAGCUCGAUCCGCCUCAUCACGGCCCGGCUGCUGUGGGGGUUUGACAUCUCGGGGGUGCCAGGCCAAUCGACUGACCCGCACGACAUCACCGACGGGCUCCUGGCGCGGCCGACGCCGUUCGAGGCCCGUUUCUCACCGCGCAGUCCGCAGCACAAGACGCGGAUCGAGAUGGCCUGGCAGGAGGCCGAGAAGGACGUUGAUGUCAUCCUGCGGCAGAUCGGCAGCUCCCAGCCUGAUGGGAUCCUCGGCGUGCGCUCGGUGACCGAGUAG